AUGUCAAUUGCAAAAACACCAGGCCGUCAUCAGUCAGACAUUUGCUUUUUUUUUUUUUUUUUUAAUUUUUAUCUUUCAUUUGCAAAUUUAUUUCCUUUGCGAUUGUUUCUUCCUGGAGAUUCAAAUUCGCUUAUUGUUUGUUUCCCGAAGAUAAUUUUUGGUUUCUUUUUCUUCGUUUUUUUUGUUUUCUUUUAUAUUCCCUUCGACAAUUCAUUCUGUCAUUCCAUUUUUUGUGACAUCCCGUCAUCUCUCUGUUUUUUUCAUUCAUAUUUUCUAAAACCCUAUUCUUUUGAAAUUUUUUCUUUCUUUUCCUUCCCUUUUCCUUUCCAAGUCUGUUCUUUUUCCUCUUUUCUUUCCCGAUCCCUUUUCGAAACUAAUUUUUCUUCUUUUUUCAUUUUUCUUUCUCUCUUCCGUUCCGAAUCUGUUUUUUCUUCUUCUUCUUUUUUUCUUUCCCUCUUCUGUUCCAAAACUGAUAUUUCUUCUUCUUUUUUUACUUUUCUUUCUCUCUUCCUUUCUGAAUCUGUUUUUUCUUCUUCUUUUUUUUUCUUUCCCUCUUUCGUUCCGAAACUGAUUUUUCUUCUUUUUUCACUUUUCUUUCUUUCUUCCAUUACGAAUAUGUUUUUUUUUCUUCUUUUUCCUUUUUUCUUUUCUUCUUUAAACCUUUUUUCUUAUUACUCUUUUCUUCCACUUCAUUUCCGAAUCUGUUUUUUCCAUCUUUUCUCCCCCAUUCAUUCUGAAUCUGUUUUACUUCUUUUCUGUUCCUCUUCUUUUCCGAAUCAGUUUUUCCUCUUUUCUUUCACUCUUGAUUGCCUAAUUUGUUUUUAUUUUCUUUUUCUUACUUUCUUUCACACUUCCGUUUCGAAUCUGUUUUUCCAUUUUUCCGGGUUUUCUUCUCUUUUUGUUCGAAUUUUUUUAAUUUCUUUUUUUAUUUUCCUUUUCCUUUCUGAAUCUAUUUUUUCUUCUUUUUCUUUUUCUCUUUCCCUCUUCCGUUCCGAUACUGAUUUUUCUUCUUUUUUCACUUUUCUUUCUCUCUUCCUUUCUGAAUCUAUUUUUUCUUCUUUUUCCUCUUUAUUUUAUUUUACUUUUCCGCUUUCAUUAAAAUCUAUUUUUUACACUUUCCUUCCACUCUUUCAUUACAAAUGUGUAUUUUUUCUUCUUUAUCCUCUUUUAUUUCCCACUUCCUUUCCGAAACUGUUUUUUUCUAUUUUUUCUUUUCCACUUCCUUUACAAAUCUGUUCUUUCUACUUUUUCCUAUUUUCCUUCUCUCUUCCUCUCCGAAACUGUUUUUAUUCUACUUUUUCAACUUUUUCUUUUCCACUUCCUUUACGAAUCUGUUUUUUUACUUUUCCUUUUUUUUUAUUUUCCAAGUCCUUCAUAAAUCUGUUUUUUCUUCGUUUUCUUUUUUCCAUUCCAAAUCUGUUUUUUCUCCUUUUCCUCUUUUCUUUCAAUCUUCUUUUCCUAAUCUUUUUUCUGUCUUUUUUUGUUUUUCUUUCCCAAUUCCUUUCCCACUUCAUUUGUUUUCAUUUUCAUCUUCCUUUCGUGCAUUCCGAAUAUGUUUUCCUUCAUUUCUUUUCCGAAUAUGUUUUUUCUUCUUUUCCUUCUUUUCUUUCUAUCUUCCUUUCUGAAUCUGUUUUCCAAUUCUUCUUGUUUUUUUCCUCUUUCUUUCCAAAACUGUUUUUUUUUCUUUUUAUUUUCUCUUUAUUUGCCUCUUCCUUUUCGAAUCAGGUGUUUUCCUUAUUUCAUUUCCUCUUCCUUUCUGAAUCUGUUUUUCUUCUUUUAUCUCAAUUCUUUCCCUCUUUCCGUAUCUGUUUUUCUUCUUUUUCUUACCCCUUCCUUCCCGAAAUUUGUUUUUAUCUUUUUCUUUUCAUCUUCCUUUACGAAUUCUUUUUUCAUUUUUUCUCGAUCCUUUCACUCUUCCAUUCCAAAUCUGUUUUUUUCUUAUAUACCCUGUUAUCUUGCCAUCUUCAUUUCCCAAUCUGUUUCUUUUCUUUUCCUCAUUUCUUUCCUUCUUCCUUUCCGAAUCUGUCUUUCUUCGUUUAUAUCUUUUCUUUCCCUCUUACUUACCGAAUCUGCUUUUUCUUUUUCCUCAUUAACUUUCCUCUUCCUUUCCGAAUCUAUUUUUUCUCCUUUUUCCUCUUUUCAUUUCUUCAUUUUUUUCCGUAUCUCUUUUCAGGUUUAUUUAGCUUUUCUUUCCUCUUCACUUUUUUUAAUCUGUUUUUUUUUUCUCCUUUUUCUCUUUUCUUUCUUUCCGAAUCUGUUUUUCUUCUUUUUCAUCUUUUUCUUUCCCUCUUCAUUUACCAAAUUUUCUUCUUUUUUUUCCCUCUUUUUCAGUCCGGCUUCCUUUCCGAAUCUUUUUUUUUCUUUUUCCUCAUUUUCUUUCCUCCUCUCCGAAUCUCUUUUUAUGCUUUUCCCUUUUUUUCCUUACUUUCCAAAUUUGAUUUUAAUUCUUUUACCUCAUUUUUUCCCUCUUCCUUUCUGAAUCUUUUUUUCACCUUUUUCCUCACUUUUUAUUCUUUCUUUUCGAAUCUGUUUGUUCUUCUUUUUCCUUCUUUUCUCUCCUUCUUCCAUUACUAUCUUCCUUUCCGAAUCUGUUUUUCUUCUUUUUCCUCUUUUCUUUUCUUCUUUAUUUCUUAA